GUCACCGCCAGCCCCACCCGGCCCUGUCCCCGACUAGAGCAGCAGCUCGUGGCGGAAGGCCGAAGCUUCCCCAUGGCAGGCGCUCCCGCGGGCCGCCUGGUGCUUGGCUGGCUGCGGCGGGGCUGGGGGCUCGUGGCGCACUUGGCGGCGCUGGGCAUGACGGUGCUCCUGCUGCUUCUCUCCAGGCCGGGCACCAGUUUAUUUUCUUGGCACCCUGUGUUCAUGUCAAUAGCAUUCUGUCUCUGCUUGACAGAAGCCAUCCUGAUCUUCUCACCAAAUGGUUCCCUCUUCUGCUCCUGCUCCCCCAAGAUCAAAGUACAACUGCAUUGGACUGCACAGAUGCUGGUGCUCGUGGCUGCAACACUGGGCUUGGCCUUCAUUAUCUCCAGCAAGAACCGAAGUGAACUCCCACACUUGGUCUCCUGGCACAGCUGUCUGGGUCUCUUGACACUUCUGGCCUUGUGUGGACAGAUCUUAUGUGGACUAUGCUUGCAGUUUCCACAGCUGCUGAGGAACUUCUCUGUGGCCCAACUCCAACUGUACCACACUGUGUAUGGACUGGUGGUUUACCUGCUAGCUACUUUCACUGUGGUACUGGGCAUUUAUUCUGACUGGUUUCAGGCCCAGAUCAAAGGGGUGGCUUGGUAUUUGUGCCUGGGCCUACCCUUCUGUUCAGCCUUGGUCAUUAUCAAACAAACUAUUAGAACUCAUCUUCCAGAAAAGAGAGAGCACGUUUGAGCUUCAGAUUCUUCAAGAACUGAAAUCCUAUCCCUUGUUUUUUUUCUUUAAUACAUUUGAGUUUGAGUACCUGUGUGUACCCAGCCCCCUUUGUCUUAUAGAUCUAUUUUGUAUGUUUUCUGUAUAUCUUGAUAUGGUGAUCUAUUUUUCUUGAAUGAAUUAGCAGAAUUUCCUUGUUUGUCUUUUAAAACAUGUAAGGCAUGUACUUCAGCAAUCUGGAAAUACAUAGUGCUGAUAAGCUAAA